AUGGAAAAAUCCGUGUGUGUCACAAAUGUAACGGUUAACAACCAUAUACCUGAAGAUCUUUCCUUUUCAAUCCUUUCAAAAUUGCCGAUAAAAUCUUUGAAGAGAUUUGGAUGUGUACGCAAAUCAUGGUCCAUCUUGUUUGAAAAUCUUUAUUUCCUGAACAUGUAUCAAAACUACUUCAUUUCUAAUAAUCAUUCCUACUAUGAUGAUACUUCUAUCAUCUUACAUCACAGGAAUGAUCCACUUCCUGGUGAAGAAGAUCAAAAUACAUUGUAUUUACUUUCAGGGGAGAGGUGUGAUAAUCUAAUCAAAUUAGAUUGGCCAAAUCCAUUACACGAGGAGAAUGUUUGA